AUGGGGUUCACAAAUUGGACGGUGCAGGUGGAAGUGUGGCUCACUGCGUCACGUGAAAAGCCUGAAUCAGCAAAGGGCAACCAACCAAACCCAUCAUCUCGUCCCAUUUAUGAUUCACUCUAUUAUCAUGCUCCGGCCCUUCAAGUUCUAGCCCACUCACUCCCUCCCUCCCUCAAUCUACUGUACUCACUACUACUACUACUACUACUAGUGCGCACGCUUCUAUCCAUCCACAUUGAAGUGAUCGAGAGCUGUUGUAGAGAAAGAGAAGAGAGGAAAAGAAAGAAAAAAAAGGAAAAAAAAGGUGAACUAUUUAUUAUUAUUAUUAUUAUUAUUAUGGGUUCCUCCUGUGAUGUUCUUAGAUUGUUCAUCGCGGCGGGUGCGGUGGCGGUGGCGGUGGUGUUGUUAGCGGGGGGAGCAGAGGGGCACAACAUCACGGCGAUCCUGGAGGGGUUCCCGGAGUACUCGCUGUACAACAGCUACCUGACGCAGACGAAGGUGUGCGACGAGAUCGACUCGCGGGAGACGGUGACGUGCCUGGUGCUGCCGAACGCGGCGAUGGCGGCGCUGGCGUCGAAGCAGAGCCUGGGGGGGAUCAAGAACGCGCUGCGGCUGCUGAACCUGCUGGACUACUUCGACCCGCAGAAGCUGCACGACCUGCCGCGCGGCACCACGCUGACCACCACGCUCUACCAGACCACGGGCGACGCCCCGGGCGACCUCGGCUUCGUCAACAUCACCAACCUCCGCGGGGGGCGGGUGGGGUUCGCCUCCGCCGCCCCGGGGGCCAAGUUCGACGCCUCCUACACCAAGUCGGUGCGGCAGAUCCCCUACAACCUGUCCGUGCUGGAGGUGUCGGCGCCCAUCCUCUUCCCGGGCCUGCUCGACGCCCCCUCCGCCGCCUCCGCCAACAUCACCGCGCUGCUCGACAAGGCCGGCUGCAAGACCUUCGCCUCCCUCGUCGCCUCCUCCGGCGUCCUCAAGAUCUACCAGGCCGCCAUGGACAAGGGCCUCACCCUGCUCGCCCCCAACGACGACGCCUUCAAGUCCCCCGACGCCCCCGACCUCUCCUCCCUCUCCAGCGCCGACCUCGUCGCCCUCCUCCAGUACCACGCCCUCCCUUCCUACACCCCCAAGUCCUCGCUCAAGACGGCCAAGGGCCCCCUCUCCACCCUCGCCUCCAGCGCCUCCGGCAAGUACGACCUCUCCGUCGUCUCCAGCGGCGACGACGUCUCCCUCGUCACCGGCGUCGACACCUCCCGCGUCGCCUCCACCGUCCUCGACGACACCCCCGUCUGCAUCCUCACCGUCGACAGCCUCCUCCUCCCCGUCGAGCUCUUCGGCGCCGCCCCGGCCCCCGCCCCGGGCCCCGCCGGCGCCGCCGCCCCCGCGCCGGCGCCCGCCCUGGCGCCCGCCCCGGCGCCCAAGGCGAAGGCCCCGUCGCCCGCCCACGCCCGGCACCGCGCCCACCACGCCUCCCCGCCGGCGCCGCCCGCGUCCACCCCGGCGUCGUCCCCGGCCGACGGGCCCGCAGCCGAGGCGGACAAGGCCGACGUGAAGAAGGCGGCGGCGACGGCCGUGAGGGCCGCCGGAACCCUAGCGACGGUGGCGCUGGCCUCGGCGGUGCUCGUCGUCGCAACGUUCUUGUAAACGAGUUAGAUGAUCUACUAAGGAUCCGAUGAGGAGACCAUUUACCAUCUCGUUCGUCGUCUUUAUGAUUUCUCUCUCGCGCUCUCUCUAUUGCGUACCUCUCCUUCUCUCUUUUUUUCUUAUUUAUUUUUUACUGUUUUUUUUUUUUUUUUUGCUUUUUUGAGCUCUCAUCGCGCACUUUAUCACAUCGUUAUAAUUUUUUUGUUGAUUGUUUUUUUUUUCUUUUCUUUUUUUCUUUUUUGGCUCUCAUUUGGACGUUGCGUGGGGCGUCUAUUUGUUGUUGAUUUUGUGUUCUUUAAAGCUACUAUUUUCGUGCUGUAGUUAAAAAGAACGUGUCUGCUUUUCAUCUCUUUGCAUUGCUAUUUCUUCUCUCUUCCCUCUUGUGUUGCAUGGAAGGUGAAAUUCAGAGUUCGGAUUAAAGUAAAAUUUCGGAGGAGUUGGAGUUCA